UUAAACAGAUAGGUCUACUGUUUUGGAGUCUAUAUAGUCUGAUGCUAGAGGUUGCAUACAAUGAAGGCUCAAGGUGUUCAGCUUCUGCCGCUGUUGCUAUGUAUUGUAUCCACCUGCUGGGGACAACAAGUCUCACUGUCCCUGGGAUCGGGUCGUACCAUCACUACAAACAAUAUGGAGAUCCUUAUCACUGACAUUGGGGAGGAUGCUCCGGGUGGUCUCCCUUCUCUUACCUGUCACACUGAUCUCACUACCUGCUGUAGAAGUAAUGCUGACAACAAUGGUAUGGGAGCACUGGGACAGUGGACGUAUCCUAAUAGGAGUGUGAUACCGCAAAAUGGUGGCUCAGCAAACGCAGGACAGCAGUUCUACAUUAACAGGAAUGCUCCCAAACUCAUCAGACUGAACCGUAGACAGGGUAACAACCCCCUCACUCCAACCGGGUCCUACUGUUGUACUGUACCAACUACUGGAGGAGAUAUGACCAUCUGUGCCAACCUGGUUCCACCACUCUGUUUUGAUAAUCUCCCGACCAUUUCUAAUGGAGGCAUAACCUAUAAUAAUGGACAAGCCACUUACAACUGCUUUGGUGACUACCGUCUGGUCGGAGAUGCAAUGAGGACUUGUGGGAGUGAGGGUAUCUGGGGAGGGUCAGCUCCAGUGUGUCAGCAGAUAACCUGCUCUGACUUACUACCCACACUGACCAACGGGGUGAUAUCUUACAGUGAUGGAUCCACUGGCAUCAGACCAGUGGGCACUACAGCUACUUACUCUUGUACCAAUGGCUACCGUCUGGUCGGAGAGGCAAUGAGGACUUGUGGGAGUGAGGGUACCUGGAGUGGAUCAGCUCCAGUGUGUCAGCAGAUAACCUGCUCUGAUUUAUCCACACUGGCAAAUGGGGACAUUAACUAUGGUGCUGGAUCUACUAACAGCAGACCAGUGGACACUGUGGCCACCUACAGCUGUAACUUUGGCUACACUAUCAAUGGCGGCAGCACCAGGACUUGUGAGAGUGAUGGAAAUGAUAAAGUGUGGAGUGGGUCUCCUCCAACUUGUCAGCAGAUAACCUGCUCUGAUUUACCCACACUGAUCGUUUCCUACGAUGGUGGAUCCACUGACAUCAGACCAGUGGAUACUGGAGCUACCUACUCCUGUGACACUGGCUACACUAUCAAUGGAGACCAGCAGGAUUUGUGGGGUUAAUAGAAUGUGGAGUGGGUCAACUCCAACUUGUCGAGCCACCUGUCCUGACCUCCCUGUACCAACCAAUGGAAUGAUCAGCUACAGCUCUAGUACCUCACCAUGCCCUGAGGGAGCCACGGUCACACAGAGCUGCUUGAAUGGAUACGUACCCGCCACUACUACCAGCACUACUACCA